AUCGCGUGUCGGGGGCGGGACACGAUUCAACUCUUGACAAAAUGGCGACCGUUGUUGUUUUUCCGCAGGGUCAGUGAAUAACAAGAAAUUCCUUAGCCAAAAUUCUGCGCUCGCUCGCAGAAUUGCCGCAACCAAAAGCCCCAGGCGUCCCAAGGUCGGCUCCGCGUGGACCGAAAUGAAAGGUAAAGAGCGGUCGCCGCUGAAAAAACGCUCCCGGGCCUUGGACGACAUUCGCGAUCGGGGAGGAUGCCACCCGAGCAGCAAGAAAAUGGGCGCGUUGUCCCUAGCUGCCGGGACUAAUAAUAAUGGCAACAAAAGUGACGGCGGCUCGACGAGGAGGAGUCUGCUCGGCGACAAAAGGGACCGGGACUUCGACGGACACGGCCGGCUCGGUAACAAUCACAGCUGUCAGCCCGGCGCCGUCGGCUCCGCAAGCAAGAACCACAGCAGCCUGAGCCUCUCGCUGGACUUGGUCGCGGCGAGGAGCACUUCCCGCGGGGACCAGCGGCUGCCCGCUCCCGGCGCCGACGGUGAGUACAAAACCCUGAAAAUCAGCGACCUGGGCAGCCAGCUGAGCGACGAGGACGUCGAGGACGGACUCUUUCAUGAAUUCAAGAAAUUCGGCGACGUCAGCGUCAAGCUGAGCCGCAGCAACGACGAGCGAAUCGCCUUCGUCAACUUCAGGAAGCUGGAGGACGCGCGGGCGGCCAAGCACGCCAGGGGCAGGCUGGUGCUCUACGACAGGCCGCUGAAGAUAGAGGCGGUGUACAUUAACCGCAGGAGGAGCCGCUCGCCGGUUGAGAGAGACCUGUAUGGAGCCGCGCCGAGCCACAGACACUUGCAGCGGCCCCUCUCGCCCACCGGUCUGGGAUACAGAGACUAUCGCCUGCAGCAGCUGGCCCUGGGUCGGCUGCCGCCGCCGCCGCCUCCGCCCUUGCCCCUUCCCCGAGACCUGGAGCGGGACCGGGAGUUCGCCCUGUUCGAGGCCCGGGCCCGGCCGGCUUUCAUCGCCGAGCGGGGCGCCUUCCGCGAGGAGGAUUUUAUAUCACCAGAGGACGACCAAAGAGCUAAUCGGACCUUGUUUCUGGGACACCUGGACACAGAGGUCACCGAGGACGACCUGAGGAGAGCCUUCGACAGGUUUGGCGUCAUCACAGAGGUGGACAUCAAAAGGCCCGCACGGGGCCAGACCAGCACGUAUGGCUUUUUGAAAUUUGAGAACCUGGACAUGGCUCACCGUGCUAAACUCAGCAUGUCUGGGAAAAUAGUGGGCUGCAACCCUAUCAAGAUAGGCUACGGAAAAGCCACUCCCACCACACGUCUGUGGGUGGGGGGCCUGGGGCACUGGGUGCCCUUGGCUGCACUCGCCAGAGAAUUUGAUCGCUUUGGCACCAUAAGGACUAUAGACUACAGGAAGGGAGACACCUGGGCCUACAUUCAGUACGAAAGUCUGGAUGCAGCACAGGCGGCGUGCACGCACAUGCGGGGCUUCCCUCUCGGCGGGCCCGAGAGGAGACUCCGAGUGGACUUCGCUGACACGGAGCACCGUUACCAGCAGCAGUUCUUGCAGCCUCUCCCGAUCGCGCCCUUUGACAUGGUGGCCGAGUCGUUUGCCCACCGCGGCGCUCCGGAGCCCCUGAGGGUCAGAGAAAGGACUACCCCGCCGCUUCACUUCAGGGACAGAGAGCUCUUCCCUGGCGCCGAAUGGUCCAAUCCUCCAGCUCUCCGAGAGCGCGUGCGAGCCUCCCCCUUCGAGCCCCUCGAACACUUGGAACGUGAACGGCGGGCACGCGAGCCCUGGUCUGUGGAGCAAGAGCUGCAGGGGCGGGAGCCUUCGCGCAAGCGCAGGCUCUUGGAGGACGGGCGUCACCUCGACCACUCGCCCGACAUCUCUGACAGGACAGUAAGGCGUCGGCGCGCCUCUCCGGACGCUAGCCCCGGAGGCAGCAGCAGAGACGGGGGGCGAUUCAGUGACCCGGAGCGCCCACCGCGGGGCGACAGACCUUCCCCCACACGAGAGCGCCGCUGCAGCCUGGAGAGAGCCGGGGCGGAGCGGCGACUCAAGGGCCUCUCUGACAAGGGUCUGUCGAACAGCAACAUUUCACUGACCGGAGAGCGCAAACGUAAAGCCGGCGACGGUGGCAAAGGGCCGGCAAAGAGAGAACGCUCAGAGGGUUCGUUCAGAAGCACGCAGCCGUCCAAAUCGAACGGCGCCAGGCUGACUCUGGCCUGGCAGGGAAUGCUGCUGCUGAAGAACAGCAACUUCCCGGCCAACAUGCACCUGCUGCAGGGCGACCACGGCGUUGCCAGCGAGCUGCUCGCGGACGGGACCACCGGCAAGCAGGUGUGCCAGCUCAAAAUCACCCAGCGCCUCCGCCUGGACCAGCCCAAGCUCGAAGAGGUCUCCCGACGCAUCAAGGCGGCGGGCCCCAGGGGCUACGCCGUCCUCCUAGCGGUUCCCGGCGCCGCCGAGGACUCGUCGUCCGACCCGGCCGUCUCCACCCAGCGGCCGCUCCGCAACCUGGUGUCCUACCUCAACCAAAAGCAGGCAGCGGGCGUCAUCGGCCUGCCCGUGGGUGGGAGCCGUGAUAAGGACACCACGGGGGUCCUCCACGCUUUCCCUCCCUGUGAUUUCUCCCAGCAGUUCUUGGAUUCCUCUGCCAAAGCGCUGGCCAAAAGCGAAGAGGACUAUCUGGUCAUGAUUGUGGUGCGAGGUGCAUCUUAAAACAAACAGCUAAUGAGUCAGCGUGUUUAAAAAAAAAAAAAAAAAAAAAAAAAACUGCUGUAUUUCAGUAACCAUUGCAUGCUGUGUGUUUUGCAUUUUGGGCUACACUAGAAUGGUUCUUGGAUCUUGUACAGUAUGUUGCCAUGUUACCCACUAUUACCACAGGCGGAUCCUUUCACCCGCUGCAAACAAAAAGGGUACAUGAUUUUUGAAAUUCGCUGAGGUAGUAGGAACACAUAAAAUUCUAAAUGUUCAUUUGGGAUACUUUAAACGAAUACAUACGACAUGUUUCUGAGGAGAAGAAGCAAAUUGGAGCCCUACAGGAAGUAGACACAAUAACAUCUCUAAAACAACAACUGUGACGUGUAGAAAACUAGAUAAAUUAUUCCCAAUGAACCAAGUGUUAACUGGACAGUGUUACUUGAUCCUUGCCCUUGUUAUUGUGUCUACUGCUACACACAAAGGGGACAUGUCAUUCAAUUUCCUGUAUGAAAGAUGAAUGGAUGCAAAAGUGUGCACAUACUCUACUUUUUAAGUAAAACAAAACAAAAAACACAGGAAUUUGGUACAAUAAUUCAAGUAAUUCAUGUCACACUGCUUCUCUCCGCAGUGCCACCAUUCUUUUUUUUUGUCUAUCCAAGAAUCGUUGAAGAAUCAUAGUGUAAUGACACACGGUGGUUGACAGGUGGCGCACUGGGUUAGAGUUGUGACAUGUUUGAACUUCCGGUACUUUUUCAUGUUCAAGAAUUGACAAGCAUUCUUUUGUGUGCAAUCUCUAUGUUAGACCGCAGCGCUGCCAGAGGGUCACAAGCAUUAUGAGCACUAGGAUGCCACGUUUAUGGAAAAGUCUGCUUUUACCAAGACAGUAAUGAUGACAGGAGUCCUUGAUUUAUUCUUGAUUUACAUGUAAAUUGAAAUCCGCUGUACUCUUAACACCAGCCUAAGAUAAAGGAGUAGUGAACUCAUAAUUACAGUGUACGUUAGUAAUUACAGCAUGACAACUUAUUCUUAAGACACUGCGCAAUCUUGUUUGCAAGCUCCAAAUACUGUAUGUAUUGUAAUGAAAUUACAAUAUUAUGCAUUUUAGCGUAACGGAGAUAGAGUGAAACCAUGAACAGUGAUUUGGUUUUUAAAUCUGGUACAGCUCAGAAUCAGAAUCCUCUUUAUUGGCAAGUUUGUCAAAAACACACAAGGAAUUUGUCGCCGGUAGUUGGAGACGCUCUAGUAUGAAAAUAGACAGCUAUUUUGACAGUAAAUACUUGGAGACAUAAAAACACACUACGCAGAGUCACUUAGUCACUGCAAAACUAUCAGUUUCUCUGAUUUAUUGCCAUAUGUUUGAGUAAAAUUUACAUUUUUGGUUUUAUUUUAUAAAUUAUUGAUAACAUAACUCCCAAAUACAAAUAUUUUAAUAUAGAGCGUUUAUUUGCAGAAAAAAUAAAUAAAUGCUCAAAGCACAAAAAAAGCGCUUUUUUUUUUUUUUUUUUUUUUUGUCUCUUUAAUUUUUCCCAGAGCUGUAUAUAAAAUAUUCAGAUUUUAACAUUGAGGCUCGCACAUGUUCAUAUUUAUGAAUGAUUACGUGUGCCUAAAUUUAAGGUUUCACUUAAAUUUGGCUUCCUUAAUCCUCCGGGUAUAUUAGUGUCUCAGGAAAAGCAAAAAUAUAUUUGGGGAAUGUUUAAUUACAAAAAUGUGUCAGAAACAAAAAAUGCAUUGUUUAUAUCAUUACUAUAUUAUUCAAUCAGUAUUUAGUGGUUCAGGAACGAUAAUUCACACCUUUUUUUAAAUGUAAAAAAAGCAUUCUUUAAAAUGGGUCAGUUUGACCCUAGAGGUGAUAGGAGGGUUAAACCUGCAAACAGUUGGAUGGCGUCGAAGACAAGUGAGCGUUUAUUAUUAUUGUCUUGGUGAAGGCAGACAAGCUGUUAUGACAGGUGUGAGUGCUCAUCAUAUUUGUACUUUCUCAGUAACAAAGACUAAUUUGUUUUUACUCCAUGCUUUAGUUGGUUAUUUUUGUUUUGUUUCAUAGGACUUGUUGUGUAAUCUAAGGGGUGGGGAAAAAAUAACAGGAGAUGUGGAUCUAAAAAAAUGUUUUGUGUUGACAUUUUGACUGAACUCACAAAAGGGUCCUUAAGAGAAUCAGUAAGUAGGGCUGUGUCAUUUUAUUUCAACAUUUGAAUUCACAUGCUUUUUACAAAGCAUGACACUGAGGCCUACUUACUGAACCGCUUUGUACAGUGGCUAUCAAAAUUCUACACACCCCUAUUCAAAUGCCAGGCUUUUGUGUUGUAUAAAAAAAUGAGCCCAAUAUGAGUCUUUUCCCACCAUUAGUGUGACCUCUAACCUGUACAACUCAAUUGAAUAUUUUCUUUAAAUCGUUUUGAGAGGGGAAGUAAAAAAUGUGGUUGCGCACGUGCACACCCCUUCUAAGUGCAAGUUGGCUCACAAUAAACCAAUCGCAUUGAAACUCAUGUCACAUGGGAGUAAGCACAUACCUGCCACCAUUUAAAGUGCUUCUAAGUAACGGCAAAUGAUUUUCUGAUGUUCUAGUAGGCUUUUCCUGACAUUUCUUUUUUGUCAGAACACAUUUUCCCACGUUUAGGGGAUUUUGUUAUGGUCCAAUGUAAUCAAGGUUGGACCUUUUUGCCAUAAUUCCAAAAGGUAUGUGUGGUGCAAACACAAUACUGUUCAUCAAAAGAACAGUAUACCUGCAGUGAAGCAUGGUGGUGACAGCAUCAUGAAGAGGGUCUGCUUUUCUUCAGCUGGACCUGGGGUCGUAGUUAAGGUGGAAGAAAUUAUGAAUAGUCUGAAAUAGCACUCAGUGUUAUCACAAAACCUUCAGGCUUAUGCUAGAAAGCACACAAAAUGUCAGGAAAAGCCUACAAUAACAUCUGAACUUUAUUUGGGGUCAAUCAGAGGCAUUUUAAAUGGUGACAGGUGUGUGCUGACUCCCAUUUAACAAGAAUUGAAUGUGAUUGGAGUGAGGUACAGAAAAUGGAUGGAUGGAUGGAUAUAUUUAUUGGUGUAGAAAUUUUGGAAUUUUCUCGUCUUUUUUUUUAACAUCCCAAAAACCUGGCAUUUCAACAGUGUGUGCCGACUUUUUGUAUCCACUGUAUGUGUGGAAUCAUGACUGCUCUGAAAUGUAUUGACGCACGAGGACUACGAUGACGACCACGUGCUUAACUUGUGUAGCCCCCGGCCGGCCUCCACAGUGCUGCAUCGUGUGCUGACUUCCUGUGUAACGUUCGUAGGUGCCGAUGUCAAGGGGGGAAGAAGGAGAGCGAGCUGUUGACGUACCCGCAAAAAGUGCAUCAAUAAAUUGUUCAUUUGAAGGAGAAA